UUUUGUUGGUUUUUUUUUUUUUGUUGCAAGAAUGAUGAUUUAAAUGAUGUUGAAGUUUUUGAUGUGAAAAGUCAAGAUGCAAUUGAAACUGUUGGACUCGAUGAGAAUAUUCAAUAUACUCAGGUUUUUAAUGAUGAUGCUCCUUCAUUUGAUAUUAUGAGUUUUAUUUCUAGUAAACCUGAUUGGUUUACUGAAGAAAAAAAGAAUACUGAUAAAUUGAAUGAUGAAGAACAGGUUGUUGAUGAUCAUGGCCUAUUUAAGGAUGUUGUUAAAAAAUCUAAGGAGGAUGAAGAUGAUGGUGGUGAUGACCAGGGUUUGGGGGGUGGUGAUGCUGUUAAAGCUAUUGGUUCAGAUGGGACAAAUAAAGACAAUGUUGAGGGAAAGAAUACUGAAGAAGCAAAAGAUGUUGCAGAUGGGAGUAAUAAAGAUAAUGUUGAGGGCAGAGCAGUUGAUGUAGAUGCAAGUGUAAAUGAUGUUGAAGGUGUUUCUAGUAAGGGAAAGUUGUUUGAUAGUCAAGGCACUGAGGAUAGUAUCACUGUGUCUGCUUUGGAGAUUAUAAAUGAAAAGAUUGAUGCCUAUGAGGGAAGCAUUAAAAAGGAUAAGUCUUUAAAUAAAUUAGAGGCAACAAAUGCUGAUGUUUUAUCUACCUAUGGGUUGGACAAGACUGAUGUUGUUGGUGUUGAGAAGAAGCAUGGUUCUCAAGAAAGCUUUUCUGUAUCUACCAUGGAGGUUGUUAAUGAUCAUUUGGUUUCCUAUGAAGACAGUUUGAAAAAGGGAAAGUCUAUAAAAUUGGAGGAAGAAACUCCUACAGUUGGAAAUAGAGAGAGGAAACCUAGUUCUGUAUACAACAGUCCGUAUGCCACAGAAUUUGGUUCAGGUAGUAUUGGUAAACCAAAAGGUGGACGUCCUGGAUCAUGUGCUUUUGGAUUUGGCUUUUUCAAUGUGAUUGAUGAUGUGCAAGCUAAAUCUUUUGAUCAGUGGUUUAAGAUUGGGUUUAAUGAUAAAAAUAAAGUGAAGAAGUUUAAAGAAUGUCAUAGGAAGCUUAAGGUUCCAUUGGAUUUUGUGGUUUGUCAAAUUGAUGAUAAGAUGUGGUUCUAUGAUUUGCUUACUGUUGGGAAGAACUUGUCAUGCUCGCAUAUUGAUGUUUGUUUCUACUAUUUGAGAAAGAAGUUAAAGUAUGACCAGUCUGUGAAAAUUUCUGGUAAUACUACUGAUUGCUUCUUUGCUUCUCAAAUUUUUGAAUUAUAUAAUGAGUUUGUUGCAAGUGGUGAAAAUGUUGAUUCGAUUAAGAAGGAUUCUUUGGCAGCUGCAUACAUAGCGGGUUUUUAUAUGUUAUGCAAUAAACCCUGGGCUGAGCUUGAUUCCGUACUAAUGCCUGUUAACGUGAUUGUUCUUGCUCAUUGGAUAUUGUGUAUUCUUGACAUUAAGAUGAGAUGCUUAAAAGUGUUGAAUUCUAUGAGGUUUGGGAGGUACAAGAACAACUCAGAGAGUUUUGUUCGUGCAUAUGCUGUAAUAAUUCCUAUCUUACUGUCACAUGUUAAUUUCUAUGAGGGGAGAAAAGAUAUUGACAGGAGUAGUAAGCACUGGCAAGGUAAAAAAGAUACUGAUGCGUUUGAUAUUGUCGUGGUUGAUAAUUUGCCACAACAAGAGGAUAGUGAUUGUGGUGUUUUUAUCAUAAAGUAUGCUCAUUUCUUUAUGCAUGGAUUGAUUGAUAAGAUUCCUAAGAAGUUGGACAUUGCAUUCACUCGUAAGAAGUUGUGUGUUGAUCUGUUUGUUCAUGCAAAGAAGAAGGAGUUGGGUGGGUACGAGUCUACUUCGGAGCAUCCAGGAAGGAUGCCAUAGUUUUAUGUAAUAGAACAACAUGUUGGAAACCUAGUUUACAUUUUUUUGAACUUUAUGUGUAUUUUUAUGUCAUGUUGUUUUGUUUUUAGGUUUAUGUUUGUGUUUGUUUAAGAAACUGUUUGGAACAGUAAUAUUUUAGGAGACUCUUGCCUAUUUUAAUUUUGAAGUAACCUUUUGGUUUACUGGCACA